CCCACCACCACACCGCGCCGGUCACAUCUGCUCACUGCGACCGCUUCUGCCCGCCAUGCCUGCUCAGCUCUAUCCCGCCGAGCACGCAGACGCGCUCAAGGCGUGGCUCACCGACAGCCUUGCGGGCAUCUGCGACGCAGACCCGGCCGUGCUGUCCGACUACGUGCUCGCGCUCAUCCGGCACGAUCUGUCGGGCGACGAGCUCAAGACGUUCAUUGCCGAGCAGCUCGAGGACUUCCUCGCUGAGGGCACCGGCCCCUUCGUCGAUCAGCUCUUUGAGGCUCUGCGGACACAGUCCUACCUUCCCGCAGCAGCAGCUCCCGCUGUGCCGGCGCCGGCGGACUUCGGCGCCGCUGCUGGAGACGCGAGCGGCUCGCGCAAGCGGCGCGCCGAGUCGCCCGCCAGCUCCUCGCCGGCGCCAAUGACCGGCGCAGUCAGCUCCAACAAGGCGAUGCGCUCGUCGGACGGUCCGUCGUCUGCGCCUGGCUCUGCGCCGCGAGAGAUGCGCGAGCGGAAUGGCCGGGACGGGCGGCCGAAGGAGAUGUGCCGCGACUACCACAACAAGGGCUUCUGCUCGCGCGGCGAUGCAUGUCGCUACGACCACUCUGGCGCAGUAGUCGCAGGUCCGGGUCCCGGCGGCAUGGGUCCGGCCGGCUUCCCGCAGGGCCCAAUGAUGGGCGCGCCCAUGCGCUUCGGCGGGCCGUCCGGGCCACAAGGCGGCUUCCAGGGCAUGCAUGGCAUGCAGGGCAUGCAAGGGCAGCAGUUCGGCAUGCCACCGCAGCAGCAGCAGCAGCAGCAGCAGCAAGGCGGCCCUUGGGGCCCGUCACCGAUGCAGCAGCAGGGCAUGCCGCACCCUGGCGCCUUCGGAGCUGCCGGGCCAAGCCUUGGGUCGCGCAUGGGCCCGCAAGGGCAACAGCAGCCUGGCUUCCAGGGUGGCCCGCCGCAUGAUGGCCAGUUUCACGGCAUGUCCGGCCCGUCGCGAGGUGGACACGCUGCAGGGCGUGGAGCCCACAACGCGACGCCGCGUGGCGCCUUCCGCGGCGCACGCAGCCAGACUGCGCUGGUGCUCGAGAACGUGCCGGCGGAGCACCUCGAGCUCAUCAAGAUCAACGAGUACUUCAAGCGAUUCGGCACCAUCACGAACAUUCAGAUUGACGCGCCAGGGCAAAAGGCGCUCGUUGACUUCGCCCGGCCCGAGGAGGCCAAGGCGGCGCACGGCUGUCCCGACGCCGUGUUCGGCAACCGCUUCGUGCGCAUCUUCUUCCAGCGGCUCGAGGAUGCCGAGAAUGGCGGCAUCAGCACGCCGCUUGACAAGCCCGGCGCACCGCACCAGUCCCGGCCCAUCGCCAAGAAGCCUGCCUUCGUGCCAGGCCAGACGAACGUCUACCACGCUCCUGGCGCACCCACGACUGCGGCUUCGCGCGCCAAGGUCGAGCUUGACCGGAAGCAGGCGCAGUCUCAGCUGGACCACCUGCUCGGCGAGCAGAAGACGCUCAUGGCGAGCGUCACUUCGUCCAGCAUUACGCCUGACGCGCGGAAAGCGACGAUGAUGCGGCUGCGCGCGCUGCCGGCGGAGAUCGGCGCGGCGACAGAUAAGGUGAAGGAGGCAGUGCAGGCCAUCGCGAACAUGCCUGCUGCGCCGGCGCCGCUCUCGACUGAGGAGCGCAACGCGUUGAAGGAGCGGAGAGAGCGGGAACGCCUGGACCGCGAGCUGGAGAUGCACGGCAAGGGCGACGAGACGACAGACGAGCUCAAGGCGAAGCUUGAGAGCCUGAAGGCCGAGGCUGCGUCACUGGGCCUGGACGCCAACGGCGCUCCCUCCUCGUACCGCGGGGCUCCGCGGGGCCGUGGCGCACGUGGCACGAGCUUCCGCGGCAGCUACUACAACCGCGGCGGCCGAGGCGGCGCUGCGAGCAUGCGUCUGGACAACCGAACCACGCGGCUCGUCGUGAGCGAUGUGCCGGCUGCUGAGAUGGGCACGACUAAGGAGUACUUCAAGACACUUGGCGAAGUCAGCGACAUCGCCGACUCGAGCUCUGCCGCCUUCAUCGUCAACUACAAGACACGCGCUACUGGCGAGACGGCCAUGCGCAUGGGCGGCGAGGUGCCCGGCGUCGGCAAGGUCAAGCUGGCGUGGGCCGCGGUGGACGUGCCCAUGGGCGGCUCGAGCCCGUCGAGCGGCAAUGGCUCCGCAGGCGGCAUGAAGGAAGAGGAGGCGGAUGCGCCGAUGAAGGAGGAGGAGGAGAACUGGAUUCCCUGAGCUGCCCACGCAAUGCUGCGCGCGGACUCAAACGCAAUCUCAUCAUUGGCGGGGAGUGGGCACCGCGCUCCUUCCGUCUGUCGCGCUAUACGACUCAUGCUCCACACGUCGC